UGCAGGACGUCGACGUUCAUCACGCUGUCGCUGCUGUACGCUACCCUGCUGGUGGUCGUGUGUCUGGGCUUCGUGUUGUCUGAGGUUCUCACCCACAAUGUUCCUCUCUACUACUACGAGGCUUUCUUCACGUACCUGUAUGGGCUAAGCAUACUGUUCCUGCUGUAUGUGUUCUGCUAUCUUCUCUCAGACUCUGCUCGCGACAGGAACCCCCCAAAACCCCAGGUCUUUAUGGGUCACCACUCUGGCCAGUACAAUGUGUCCGAGUAUGAAUAUUACGCAUACAAUGAGGGGGUGCUACAGAAGGUACGACAGCCAGAGGGUAUUCCUGAUGGGUCCCCUACUCAGGAGAAGCUGACUUCAUCUUCCUGCAGUAAGCCACGCAAGCACAAGACCUCUGACAACGAACACAGCCAUGGAUCAUUCUUCCUCAGGAUUGGUGCCAUUGCAUUUGGACUGGGUACAAUGAUCUACAAUGGUCUAGAGUUUGGAGUAUUUUUCGAGAUCCCGCUCUCGUCACCAUGUUACCAGAUCCUGCGGGGUGUCAACCCUCUGCUACAGCUGGUGUUCACGUUUAUGCAGAUGUAUUUCAUCUUUAUGAAUGCCAGGCUAAAUAUCCACAAGUUCAAAUUCCUUGCCCGGUUUGGUUUAAUGCACAUUGUGGCCACCAACCUGUGUGUGUGGGUGCGAACCUUGGUGCGGGAGAGCCUGAAGGAGAUCAAUGAGUUUAGGGUCUCCGAGGGACACAGGGGAGAAGACUACAUGAUCCUUGAGGGUAUUCGACGUGCACUGGAAAAUCGUGGCCUCUUGGCCCCCAACAAGUACCUCUAUAAUCUGGACGAUUUUGCUGAAAUGCAGGAAAUCAAUGAAACCAUGCAGCAGGCCAAUGGUUGGGUGAGUGAGGAGGACAUUGUCAACCGUACAUGUGGGCGUGUGGAGAUAAUGGGUUCCAUUGUAUCAGACUCUGCCCCAUACCUCUACCCCUUCAUCGUCGAGUACUCUCUUAUUGGUGCUUCAGUCCUCUAUAUAAUGUGGAAGCACAUUGGGCGGAAUCCAAGGAGGGAUUUACCACUGAAAGAAUCAUACCUACACGAAAGGUUUGUGUAUGACCCGGAGGUGGCAGGAGAUGGCAUGUCAGUUGUGUCUCGGCGCUGUCAUUCCCGUGUGGACUGUGUCGGUGCCAGCAAGGGGCUCUUCUGUGGCCUUCUUGUCUUGGUGGCUUCACUGAUAUGUCUCAUCCUCUUCUUCGUGCUAGUCAACCGAGAAGAGUUAAAGAUGCUGGCUAUAUACCUGGCUGACUGCUCUCACUGUGGGAUAAUGUUCUUCAGUAUCAUUGCCAUGUUCAUUGGUUUUGUCAGGGUUCGCCAGCUUAAAUUCCAUGGAGAACGAGAAGAGGAAUUGGAUGACAUUCUUCUUAUGGUCUCAGCCUUUGGACUCUUUGCAUAUGCAGUCUUUUCCACAGUGGCUGGGUCAAUGUCUGCCUACACUAAGGAACCAAAUUUGCUUGUCAUGGUCACAGGAAUUCUUUCUGUACUUCAGGUGAUUAUCCAGAUGGUGUUCAUCAAGGACACACAGCGUCGCCAGGUUUCCCUACCAGAACACGAACGAACCAAACCCGGGCGUCAGGUUGUUACGUUCCUGCUCAUCUGCAACCUGACUAUGUGGGUUAUCUACACCUUUGAAACUCAGAAGGUGGAAGCAAAUCCUGUCCAGCUGGACUUCUUUGGUGACCUCCCUUGGACAAUUUUGCUGCGAUGCACCUUGCCACUGGCCAUCUUCCAUCGCUUCCAUUCCACAGUGGUCUUGGCUGCCAUCUGGAAGAAUUCAUACAAGACCCGUAUUGAAUGAGGUUUACCAGGUAGGCCGCCGCCCACCACGACGGUCCACAGCAUCAGUAGUUGCUUUAUCCAUACCAACGGAGUGGCUCGAGGGGUCCCUGACAACCCACCCCCGGAAAUGGAACCUAUGCUUCACACACCUACUAGUCCCCCACCAGCCCUGGAUCAACGCUCUGAACACAAAGUUUCACUCUUCAGUAUCAUAUAAACAGUAUGGUUUCUGUUUGAAUGGUCCAGCAAGAUGCUAUUGAGAGUAUUUACUCUAAAUAUGUUAGUGAAAUAUUCAUCAAAACAGGGUUUGCAUAUACAGCAUAUUCCACAUCAAAAUGUGCCAUUUUAAAUGGAAAAUCACAAAAGUACAAGCAGCAAUGAUGCUAUGGACAGUGUUAUUUCUUAAUAUUGUAUUAGAUGUUUCUCAUGAGCAGUUUCCUGCAUUUCAAUGAAGGAAAUUUAAAUGUUUUUCAUGUGAGGAUUGCUAUAUUGGAUUUCCAGUACUACGUUUUUCAAAUCAGUAUUUCCGGUGUAACUGCGUGUGAAGGCUAUCAGACUCUGUGUUGUAAGUUAUGCCUCAAUGCUGUAAAUACUGUAGAUGCUUUCCCUGAGCUUUAAGUCUGGCAACUGCUUUUUGUUAUCUGCAGUAAUAGUGUACUUUAGGCUAAGUCGCAUGGAGAACUCACCUACCCUUUGCUCGUGGGUCCUGAUCAGGCUUUUUUUUUUCCACUAUUGCAAAUUAUAUGCUGUUCAAAUUAAUCCUGUGCAUGAAAAUACAUUUUACUUGCUUUUAGAGUAAAACUGCAAUGAAUUUGUUCAGAACAGGCAAAAAAAAUCAGCUGGUCGAGAUCCACCAAAUAAAUGUGUUCAGAAUGAGUCUCCGGCAGCUACAAAAAGUCACAAGGUGUUUUUUUUUCUCCCACUUCCAAGAUUUGUAUAUAUAUAAGGCUCACUCCAUGAUGUGUUUUAUCCAGCAGCACUUCCUGAUUAUGUUUACCGUUAGACUUAGGACUCCUGUUGCUGUAGGAAUGUGUUGUUUGUAUAACACAGUGGCUGCUUUUUGUACAUACCAUAUGUCUGUCUUGCUGUGUUUGGCCCAUCUCAGUAUUUCUCCAUAGUACAUGAUUGUAUUUGUGCAAGGUGGAAAGUAUUUCAUUUAUGUCCAUUUUAUAAUGUGAGUGGAGAUUGUGUAGUGUGAUACAUUUCACACAAUAACUGAUGAGACUUGGCCCAAGUACCUACCACAUGACUUCUCAUGAAGCACAAAGUACUGGACCAAAGUUCAUCAGAUAUAUCUUAUCCAGAACAAUUUGUAUGAAGUGUGUGUUCAUUGUACCUGUCCCAUAUUCGGCAUGAGCUACUGAGAAUACCCAAAUGAUUUUUUCUGAAAGUUAUGUUUAUUCCAAAUUUAUCCAAGGUUAUGAAGACAAUAAUGCAUGCAAGCCUUAUUUUCUAGAGAUUAAUUCUUCAAAGGAUAGAAUAUAUUUUUUGGCUCCUUUUGUUUCUCUGUAGCUAGUAGCUUAAAUGAAUCUCUUGGUGAGUAAGUGAGUAUUGACCAUAUAAGAUAAAACUUGUGUACAAUUGUGCAUCUCACAUUUUGGGGUUUGGAAACACGACAAUAAGUAGGAUGACCUUUAGCAAAGUUUUACAUGGAUUUUGCAUUUUUUGAAUAUGCGUAAUUUUGUAUUCACGAGCAAGUCACAAACCGGACUGUUCUCGUUUUGCAAGACUUGUAGCCAUGACUAGUAGCUCUUUUGUGCGUGGCAAGCCUCUGUGAACUUCAUCUGGAGCAAGUCUUCAUGCCGUGUUAUACAAGAAGUGUGGCCUGGGGAUCACUACUGUGUGUCCACUUCAUCAGCAGUAUUGGUUUUGCUUUACUAUCAGCAAAUUUACACUGCCAUAUUUUAUCCUUUCUGCAUCAGAUUCCCUGGAUGUGAUAAGUCACCUAAGAGGACCAUUUUUUCCACCAGGUUUAACAGAUGCUCAGAAUUCUCAUGAAGUAUUUGAUGAAUUGUCUUGACACACAGUAGACAGGCCACUUACUAUGUUUACUGCAUUAAAUAUAAAUGUUCGUACCAUAAA